AUGUCGCAUCGUCUGGCGCGUCCUCUGCGUCAUCUAACGGUUCCACGCGUACGUUAUUCCUCCUCGUCCGUCAAGAGAAAACCAACCAAACAAGUCCCAACACUUCCCCCCGAAAAACUACGCGCCCUCAUUUCUGUCUACCACGGCACUGAGUCCUUCGUCACUCCCGAAAAUCUCUCAGACCGUAUCGACGAUGCCUUUGUCAGAUCUGUCGGGGAUGCCGCUCUCAAUUCCUUCAAGAAGUAUGACAAUUUAAGGAAACACAGACUGGCACAGAGGGAUAUGGCAGAACUGUGGGAAUGGGAUCUUCAGAUUGCUGUUGGGAAUCCCGCUAUGGAGGAGAGGGAGGCCAAGAUUGUCGAGGCACUUUAUGGUGUGGAUACAAGUGACCCUUUGUACAACAGAUAUCCUGGACUGGACCUCUUGCAGGAUGCAGAACGGGGCCCUAGCACUAGUAAAGACGUAAAGUCUGCUGUUUCUCAAGCCGAGCCGCUACCUAUUCCGGAGGAGUUUACAGAGGAUUAUUCGGCGCUGGAGAUCGUAGGGAAUGCGGUUUCAGAGACAGAGUACCGCGCAAACAGCUGUCCCAUUCCCGCCAAAUUCACGGAAUUCGUCAAACGACAGAUCCGGCCAUCCAUACCAGAUUCUUCUUCAGACGAGGUUCUCCUAUGA